UUUUUUUUCAUCAAAAGCAGACAAAAAGAAAGUCCGUUGCUUGGUUGCUUAGCAAUGCAAAAACAAAUAAAAACUAUUUUUCCUCUGUUUUUCCCAAUAUUUAGUCACUAAUUUUAGUUAAAAUGACUUCCUACUUCGUUUCCCAGUUUAAGAUAAACGGAGUUCCUAUCCUUCCUCCGGCGAUGACGCCGGAAGUGAUUGCCGAAGUGGCAGAGUACCGCCGUCGGGCUGUCAACGUGGAAAAUCGCGUGCGAGAGUUCAAAGCGGCAAAGGCCGCCAGUUUAGCAAUUCCGGACAGCCCCCCUCAAACAGCUGUGGCCAAAAGCGACGAAUCUCCCGCGCGGUCCAACCGUCGAAAUUCCUUCACGCUGGAGGCUCCCAGUCCUGGUUUGCCCAGUCUGCCUCACUUUGGCUCGCCGGUUCAUGAACCAUUGAAAGCAGAGCCGGCCGGAGCGGAGUGUUCGGACGAAUCUCCUCGGCCACGGAUCAUCCGGUCCAACUCGUACACGCUGGAAAGUCCUAGCCCGCUGCUGAUGCAACACAUCCAAAACGAAAGUUUGAACAUCAAAAUGUCCUCGUCGAUGAGUGAAAUCCGGCGAGAGGAACCAACGAUGACGGUGGGGGGCAAGUCCCACGUGAAGCGUUUGAAAUUCGAGGGAGGUGUUGAUCAGCAGCAGCCGGUAAGGAAUAGAUCACCCAAAGGAUCGGGAGGCGAUAAGCCCAAGUGGGCAUCCACGAAAAAGGUGGCCAUCAAAUCUGUGACACCGGUGAAGAAGCUCAAAAGUCCGUACGAAUCGACGUCGGCAACGAAACUCAAAUUUAUGGGUAAAAGAAGCGGAAAACCAGCUAGAAAGACGGUACCGGUGAAUUCCGCGCUCGAAAUUGAGCCACAAUACUCCACAACUUCAUGGCCAAAUAGUGACUGCCAGCUACACGUUCAAAAAAUUCAGACCGAGCACCAGCAACGCAAGGCCGCGCUUUUGAAACGCCAACAAGAGGAGCAACUUGCCUUGCAGGAAAGAUUCCGAGUCCAACAGGAAGAGCUCAUGACGAUGCUUCUAGAUUCCGAGGCAGUUCUCGAUGAAAUUCACACUUCCACACCACUUCCAACAAGCCCGAACGAAUCGACCGUAGAGAGCGAUGAAGAAUCGCCCGCGCUGCAGUCCUUUCGCAAGUUAAAUAUUAGCACGAAGCAGUUUAGUCACAGCAACCAAUCACAAUCCAGCAUCGACAACUUGUCCUCCAGCCAAACGCUCCUUUUUUCAUCCAACGCAAGCCGAACGAGCAGCGAUUUUGAAGAUUCCAACGAACUGUUCAAAACAUGCAACAACGACACGAACGACAUCAAUGGUAACAUUCAGUUGGAAGGUAUUCGAAGCUAUGCGGAAACGAUUAAGAAAACGCUGCUCGAUCGUGACCUUUGCGAACUGACUCAGUUUGAUCGUCUUGGCGAACCCGGUGAUUUGGUGCGCCGUCAGGCAGCGUCCGUUAUCAACGCGUACGCUCGAGGCUACCUCACCAGACGCCUUUUCCAAACGGAACGCGUCCAGAAGGUGAUACAGGUGAUUCGCGACACGCUUCUCUUCAUACUGGACCUGCACCACGAAAGUACGGGCCGGCAGCAGAUUCGUAGUCCAGCGGAUUUACAGCUGAAGCGUACGCUCCUUCACCAGCUUACUUCUGCUUGCUAUCAGCUGCACGAGAUAUUUUUGGAUACCGGUUUGCAAAGAAUGGAAAUUAUACGCGCCGAUCGGGAGAACCUGCGGCGCAAGCUGGAGAAUCGACCAUGGACGGCCAGUUCGGAGCGAUCGAUUCGGUCGGGAUCUUCCAGCAAGUCGCAAAAACAAAACAGCUUCCGAAAGCUGCAAAAGUGUUCAUUGUACUCGGUGAACAUUGAAGGUACUCAAUCGUUGGACAAUAACAACGGUCCUGAAGAAGACAACGAAGCGCUGCGCCAUCAGCCAACACCACCACAAGUGCCUGAGUUUCAACCGAGAUCGUUCCGUCCAUCACCGGUCAUUGCGGAAUCGCCACUUAAUCUGUCGGACAACCUCACCAAAGCGGUCGUGACUCGGCUGGUAAACCAGGUCAAAAGUGCUGCCGCAAACCAACAGCUGCGACCCAAAACUAUGGGAGCGACCAAUCGCACCAAAAACAACACCUCUUGGGAACAACGUCAUUUUUAACAAGCCAUUUUACUCUUCUCAAAGUUAGCGUUUAUUGCAUUCUUUAUACAACAUUAGAUAAAAAUACGUACGACAGGGGCCAGUUGGCAAACGAUACAUGAGAAUAAACUUAUUGAAAACGUGAGUCACAAA